CACAUCAUCAGUUCCAAAAGACCGUCCACUUUCAGUGUUGUCGGUUGGUCGAUGGUUUCGCAAACGCCAUCCCGGAGAAUAUAUCUUGUCGGGUGGACGCUGCUGCUCUUUCUUCUCGUGUCCUCACAACAACGAAGACCAGACCUCGCUCGAAAUCCUUGUGGUUUUUGUUCAGGACGCGUUGAACGCUCAUCCACCCCGACUUGCCCGUCCGUCCGCCGAGGCCGAGCUUUCUCUCAGAACCAGACUGAGUUUUAUGUUGACUUUGGUGGCAACGACAAACGGUAUUCAUACCAUUCAUAUCUCAAUGCCACUUCUACUGUUAUGGAAAUAGGUGGUUACACAGGGGUCGAUAUAACUGCCCUCCGAGAGCGAUAUGGAAUGUUUCGGGUAUUCAUCUUUGAACCCAUCUUUUAUCGGGAAGCCACGAAAACUUUUGAGGGCGUGGAAAACGUCGAAAUUUUUGCAUUCGGAGUCGGUGCUUCGACACGAAAGUCCUACUUCAACUUGGAUGGCGUGGGGUCGAAGCCUUCAAGUAAUGACGAAGGCGUUGAAGUUGAGAUAAGAAACUUCAACGAUGUGCUCGACUCUCUAAAGCUGACAAGGAUCGAUCUUUUACAGAUAAACUGCGAAGGUUGUGAAUGGGAAGUGCUAGAGAUGGUGCUCCGCAUGCCUGCCGUGUUCGAACACAUUCAGGUACAGUUUCACCCCGGCGCGACAUGGGUAUCGAACCGUCUGGAGAGAUAUGCAGCGAUACAAGAUGCGCUCGCCAAGCGCUACCUUUUGGUCUAUGAUGUCCCAUGGAUCUGGCAGAUGUGGAGUCUUCCGUCGGUGCAAAAACACGCGAGUGUGAAACUUUAGCACAGAAAAUAGAAAAUAAUCUUUUACGAACAUAAAUGAAAGCGAAAGUACUUUCGAGCG